AUGCCUGUCUGGAAAGCGCCGGACGAUGAGGGUGUUGGCGCACCAAGACAAAGUUACAAUUUUGCUCCGGGAUAUGAUGGUAUUGUUUAUCGGGCGGAUGUACCAGAUUGGGGUGCGGGACCGAGACAACAUAAAGAGGCUGGUGCUGAUGGGACUGAGGAGAGAGCUACCGAGUCAGAAGCUAUUGAGCAAGAAGAGCAUGCGAAUGAGGCUAUUCGAUAUAAGCUACAGAGUAUGAAAUGGGGUUUGAUACCAUUUUGGACGAAGCGCAAUCCUGAUUAUGGAUCCAUGAUGAAGACUAUUAACUGUCGUGAUGAUUCUUUAAUUGAGAAUAGGGGAAUGUGGAAUACGAUGAAGCAAAAGAAAAGGUGUAUUGUAGUUGCAGAGGGAUUCUAUGAGUGGUUGAAGAAGGGAAAGGAGAAGGUACCCCAUUACAUCAAGGGAAAAGAUGGACAAUUAAUGUGUAUGGCGGGACUGUGGGAUGUCGUUCAAUAUGAAGGUUCGGAUGAGAAACACUAUACUUACACCAUCAUCACAACGAGUUCGAAUAAGCAGUUGAAUUUUCUACAUGACAGAAUGCCAGUCAUUCUCGACAAUGGUUCGGAGGAUCUUCGUACUUGGCUUGAUCCGAAAAGAUCAUCUUGGUCGAAAGAACUUCAAUCUCUCUUGAAGCCAUAUGAGGGAGACUUGGAGAUUUAUCCAGUAAGCAAAGAAGUGGGAAAAGUGGGCAAUGAUUCUCCUAAUUUCAUUGUCCCAGUGGCAAGCACGGAGAACAGAUCCAAUAUUGCCAAUUUCUUUGCUAAAGGGGGUAAGAAAGAUGCAAAAGCAUCAUCUAAACCAUCAGAUGCACCUCAAAAAGUCAAGGAGGAAGACACUAAACAUAUACCAAUCAAAAAAGAGUCUACAGACACAGAAGAUCGCAAAACUAUUGAUCACGAUGGCUCUGAGGAUAAUGCAACUUUACCUGUGCCUGAAAGGGAAACCAAGCAAGGAAUUAAACGCGAACUUGUCGAUGCUCAUAUCGAGGAGCCCCCCAAAAAAUCUAUACGUACGUCUGCAAGCCCACAAAAAGAUUCUCCGCCUGUGGUAUCGACUCGGAAGACUAGAAGUGCUACGAGCAAUAACUAUGGAAGUCCGAAGAAAUCUUCAGAUCAGAAAAAGGGAAGUCAAAAAAUUACAAAUUUCUUUACCAAAUGA